ACAAUUCCAUCACACUUACUUCUCUCCCCUCUGUCCCUCACAUAAUUCUCUUUUCUUAUGCUCAACUCCUCCUUAGCUUCUACCUCUACAUGAUUUUCCCACCGCCCUUGGCAAAUGGACUAAUCUCUUCUUAGAGUUUGCAUGGGUACCUCAAAGAAUAGCAUCUCUCUGAACUGGAAUAUAUUCCAUAUCUAAAACUCUAACUCGAGACUGUAAUUAAGGAGCGAGAUGCCCUACGCUAACUAACACCAAUUGGUAAAAAUGAAGGCAAGUGAAAGAGCAUAAGAUCAAUUUCCUUUCAUAUGUGAUUAUGAGAAUCCGAUGGCGUCUGCUAAAUUAGUGGAGCAUUUCAUGGAAGAUCGUAGGCAGCAAACAACUAUGGACUCAAUUGAUAAUAAAACGGACCCUCCAUUUGAAGAGAUAUACAAAAACCUCUUCCUGAAACACAACAUUACACCAUUGAGUGCCACCCACACCACCACCACCGUAGUCGAAGAGCGGGAUCUUCCCCUCAUAGACUUAGCUUGGUUGGUAGCUGGUGGAAAGGAAGAGCGAGAAAGGUGCAAAAGAGAAAUUGCAGAGGCCUCUAGGGAAUGGGGAUUCUUCCAAGUGGUGAACCAUGGUAUUUCACGACAUAUCUUGGAGAAGAUGACUAAAGAACAAGUUAAGGUGUUUAGGGAGCCAUUCAAUAAGAAAAUAGGAGAUAAUUGCAUGAGUUUAAGGCUAUCUCCUGGAAGUUAUCGUUGGGGUUCACCAACAGCAACUUGCUUAAUGCAAUUAUCUUGGUCAGAAGCGUUUCACAUUCCCUUGAACGACGUUUGCGCCUCUGGUCCUACUCGUAUUACCAGUGCUAAUCUUCAUGUUAGCAAUCUCUGCUCAACUGUCAGACAAUUUGCCAGCACUGUGUCUGAAUUGGCAAAUAAAUUGGCCAACAUAUUGGCGGAAAAGUUGGGUCUUGAGGAACUACCCUUUUUUGAGGACAAGUGUGUGCCAAAUACUUGCUAUUUACGGAUGAAUAGAUAUCCACCAUGUCCAAAAUAUUCUCAAGUGCUUGGUUUGAUGCCACACACAGACAGUGAUUUUCUCACAAUUUUGUAUCAAGAUCAAGUUGGAGGAUUGCAAUUGGUGAAAGAUGGAAAAUGGAUUUCAGUGAAGCCUAAUCCUGAUGCUCUUAUUGUCAAUAUUGGGGACCUAUUCCAGGCUUGGAGCAAUGGUGUGUAUAAGAGCGUGGUGCAUCGUGUGGUUGCCAGCACAAAUAUGGAGAGGUUUUCAACAGCAUAUUUCCUAUGCCCAUCUGGUGAUGCUGUGAUACAAAGUUACAAGGAACCUUCAAUAUAUCGGAAGUUCAGUUUUGGAGAAUAUAGACAACAAGUUCAAGAAGAUGUUAGAGAAUUCGGUCAUAAGAUAGGACUUUCUCGCUUCCUCAUAUGCAACUAAUAUUUAUAUAUUGAAAUUAUGACAUGUAACUAUGUAAGUAUUGUUGAUUAUUUGUCACAAGUGGUCACACAAGAUGGACUCCAAAAUAAUUUUGGUUCGUUGUAGAUGGUCAAAAAGGAUUAAUUAGCUUAAAUUUCCUAUUUAAUGACAAGCUGACGGAAAAGUGCUCAUAAUUCAGGCUAUAAGAAGGUAGAUUACAUAGCACAUGUUAGAGUGGUUGUCUAUUAUUUUUCUUGGAUGUUACUGAUAUAAGUAGUUGGUUUGAGUUAA